CUGGUCCUGCUCGCCCCCCUUUGCUUGGCCGAGUACAGCUAUGAUCCUCCCCCUGCUGGCCUGGCUCUCUCCUUAGCCCCCGCUGAAGCUCCUGCUGCAUCUCCAUCACAAGGCUACCGCUAUGACGCUCCAGUAGGCGGUCAGCUCGCUCUUUCGGCCGGCGGGCAGCUCCUGCGCGCCAACCAACCUGCACUGCCCGUUGCCCAGCCUGCCCCCGCGCCCGUUGGAGGCCAGGCUGCGCUCUCUGCUCCUGCACAGGCUCCGCGACCUGCCGUUAGAAGCCGGCCAGUUUUCCCUGCUCCUGCUACAAGCCAGCCUUCCUUCCGUGCUCCUGCACAGGCUCCUCGACCUUCCUUUUCUUUUGUCAGAAGCCAGCCUACUUUCCCAGCUGCUGCUCAGGGCCUCCGACUCUCCGUGGCCCCUUCGCCGGUUCCGCAGUUCGCCCCUGCCCCUACUCCUGCUAGAUCUCAGCCUGCUUUCCCUGCUCCUCAACCCACCCCCGUACCUGCUAGAAGUCAACCUGCCUUCUCUGCCCCGGCACCGGUUCCCCAACCUUUCCAGCUCUCCUUCGGUUUCGUCAGGAGCCAGCCUGCCUUCCCUGGCACUCAGGCUUCCCAGUUCUCCCCUGCUCAGCCCCCCCAGCCCUCUCCUCUGCCUGCCAGACCCCAGCCUGCUCUCCCUGCUCCAGCUCCUUCUCUGCCUUUCCAGCUCUCCCCCGUACCCAGCAGGGGCCAGCUUUCCCCUGCUCCUGCCCCAGCUCCCCAGCCUUCCCCUGCUCCUGCUAUUAGCCAGCCUGCCCUCUCUGCUCCCCAGCCUGCUUCAGUAGCUCCUGCGCGUGUCAUUCAGUCUUCACCUGUACCAAAUCGAGGCCAGGUGACCCCUGCACAGGCUGCCCGGAGAAGCCAGCCUGCUCUCCCUGCUCCAGUUCCUUCUCUGCCUUUCCAGCUCUCCCCCGUGCCGAACAGAGGCCGCGUCUUCCGUGUCCAGCCUUCCCUUGCUCCUGCUAGAAGCCAGCCUACCUUCUCUGCUCCUGCCCCUGCUCCUGCUAGAAGCCAGCCUACCUUCUCUGCCCCUGCCCCUGCUCCUGUCAGAAGCCAGCCUACCUUCUCUGCCCCUGCUCCUGCUAGAAGCCAGCCUACCUUCUCUGCCCCUGCCCCUGCUCCUGCUAGAAGCCAGCCUACCCUCUCUGCUCCUGCCCCUGCUCCUGCUAGAAGCCAGCCUUCCCUCUCUGCUCCUGCUAGAAGCCAGCCUGCUUUCUCUGCUCCUGCUAGAAGCCAGCCUGCUUUCUCUGCUCCUGCUAGAAUCCAGCCUGCUUUCUCUGCUCUUGCCGCUGCCCCUGCUCCUGCUAGAAGCCAGCCUGCCCUCGGCCUGCGCCCCCAGUCGCCGAGCUUCCCCUCCAACCGGGGGCAGGCCGCCUUCUUCAUCCCCUCAGCGUCGCAGCCUCUUUCGGGCCUGCGGGACGACCUCUCAAGGGAGGACGACGAGGACAGCCGGGAGAGCCUGGAGGACGACAAAUAGAACGCGGGGAAACAAAUAAAAAGACGAAACAAUAAACACAGUGACAAAGGAAAAUAGAAAGACAAAAGCAAUAAAUACGAUGACAGGAAAAGAGUAAACAGAUAGAACG